CAGCGGGCGGAGCCGCCGCCGCCGCUGCUGCCGAAGUCGCUCCGCGGUUCGGAGACUGCGCUGGGCUCGGCGCGGCUCCGCUGCAGCCACCGGGAGGGAGGGAGAGGCGGGCGCUGCCGCCCGCGCCGUGCCGAUGGGUCUCCUCCUGCUCCUCUGGGCGUGUGCGGCCGCCGCCGGGGCAGCUGUAGGAUUUGGAAUGGAUCCUGACUUACAAAUUGAUAUCAUCACAGAACUGGAUCUUGUGAAUACAACCCUUGGGGUAACACAAGUGUCAGGACUACACAAUGCCAGCAAGGCAUUUUUAUUCCAAGAUGUAGAAAGAGAAAUCCAUACACCACCCCAUGUGAGUGAGAAGUUAAUUCAGCUCUUCUGGAAUAAAAGCGAGUUCACGUUUUUGGCCACUCUGCAACAGAAGGCAUCAACUUCUGGAGUUCUACUGUCCAUCCGAGAGUUAGAGCACAGCUAUUUUGAACUAGAGAGCAGUGGCCUGCGGGAUGAGAUUAGAUAUCACUACAGGUUUAAUGGGAAGUCCAGAACAGAGGUGUUCCCAUACCGUCUGGCAGAUGGACAGUGGCAUAAGAUUGCUGUGUCGCUGAGUGCAUCCCACCUUCUGCUCCACGUGGACUGCAACAGGAUUUAUGAACGUAUCAUUGAUCCCCCAGAAACGAAUUUGGCACCAGAAAGCAGUAUAUGGCUCGGACAGAGAAACAGGAAGCAUGGUUUCUUUAAGGGUGUUAUUCAAGAUGUGAAAGUCGUCUUUAUACCUAAUGGCUAUAUAAUGCAGUGUCCCAAUCUGAAUCGCACAUGCCCAACCUGCAGCGAUUUCUUAAGUCUGGUGCAAGGAAUCAUGGAUUUGCAAGAACUCCUGGCAAAAAUGACUGCAAAGUUAAACUAUGCAGAAACAAGACUGAGUCAAUUGGAAGACUGUCAUUGUGAGAAGACUUGUCAAGUAAAUGGAUUGAUCUAUAGAGACAAAGACUCAUGGGUUGAAGAUGAUCACUGCAGGAAUUGCACAUGCAAAAGUGGAGCUGUGGAGUGCCGCAGGAUGUCCUGUCCCCCUCUGGAUUGUCCUCCUGAUGCUCUCCCAGUGCAUGUGGAAAGCCAGUGCUGCAAAGUUUGCAAGGCCAAGUGUAUCUAUGGGGGCAAAGUGCUGGCAGAAGGUCAACGAGUGUUAAACAAGAGCUGCAGGGAGUGUCGAAAUGGAGUUUUAGUAAAAGUCACAGAGGCUUGUCCUUCCCUGAACUGCUCAGAACAAGAUCAUGUUCUUCCAGAGAACCAGUGUUGCAGUGUUUGUAGAGGCCAUAACUUCUGUGCUGAGGGACACAAAUGUGGUGAAAAUUCUGAGUGCAAAAACUGGAACACAAAAGCGACUUGUGAAUGCAAGACUGGUUUUCUCUCUGUCCAAGGGGAUUCUGCCUACUGUGAAGAUAUCGAUGAGUGCGCUGCCAAGAUGCAUUAUUGUCAUGCCAACACCGUGUGUGUUAACUUGCCUGGAUCCUAUCGCUGUGACUGUGCCAUGGGAUAUGUCCGUGUGGAUGAUUUCUCCUGUACAGAGCAUGAUGAGUGUGGCAGCCGGCACCAGAGCUGUGAUGAGAACGCUAUCUGCACCAACACUGUGAGGGGACACAGCUGCACCUGCAAACCCGGAUACGUGGGGAAUGGGACCAUCUGCCAAG